GCGUUGUUUUGGCUAAAUUCGAUCAAAAAGAAAAAAGUUUGAAAAAAUUACCGCAAAUGUAGUGAAAUCGGUGCAACUGUUCCCGUAUCAAAGUCAAACAAAAAUGAAUUUUUUUAUACCGAACGAUAAGCGGGAAGGUAUCUACUUACAGCAGCAUCUGCCACCGCAAUUGCUUCCACCCGGCUUCCAGCAAGUGCACCAUCAGCUUCACCAGCAACCACAACAAUCCCAGCCACACCAGCAGCAACAACAGCAGCAGCAGCUUAUUCAAAACGCAUUUAAUCCCUCGGGGAUGAUAGUCAAUUUGAAAAAAGAAAUCGAUCCGUACGAAAAGAAUCCACCUCCGCUGGGGGCAAACGUCGUUGUGCAGCACAUUGCCCAGCAGUUGAGUGUUCCUUCUAUGGUACCGCCCACAGGUGAACCCCUUCAACAGGAUCCUCCACCGACACCGGCUCCAUCAACCAGCGGCCGCAAGAAAAAGAAAACCAAAGCUGCAAAAGCGAUUGUCUUGCCCCCACUACCGGAGGGUUUUAUCGUCAAAAUAAAGGAAGAGUACAACGAAAACUACGUCAGAACUGUUACAAAGAUACCAGAAGAACAGUUUAUAAGGACAAUUAAGCCACCAGGCAAGAAAGAACGCAAAUAUCACGACUAUAACGUUGUGAGCGAGUACCAUUGUGAGAUAUGUGGCAAGUACUUUAAAGAUAAGUACAAACUGAACUACCAUGUACGGAUCCACAGUCCAGAACUAUCGCACAGAUCUUCCUUCAGGUGCGAUGUUUGCAGCAAAGUAUUUGCCCAUCAAUCCACUUUAACCAACCACAAGCGAAUUCAUUCAGGUGAACGCGCCUUCAAGUGCGGAACGUGCGGGAAGGCGUUCGUUCAGAGUUCGGCCCUAUCCAAUCACACCAAGAUUCACACCGGAGAACGACCGCACGAGUGCUUGAUCUGCGGCAUCAGCUUCAUUCAGAAGAUCAACCUGAUCUACCACAUUCGUAUCCACAGCAAUGAGCGUCCGUACCGCUGCAACAUUUGCAACAAGUCGUUCAUCCAGCAGAGUCAUAUCAAAAACCACAUGAAGGUGCACAAAAAGGAUAAUCCGCUGGAUUGUAGCAUUUGUGGGAAAAGUUAUAACGAUCUCAACGAACUGACCGAUCACUAUUCCUCCCAUACCGUCGAGUUGCCAUUUCGCUGCCAAACCUGCGGCAAGUGCUUCGCCCAGGCGAAUCAUCUGAAAAUUCACAAGAAAAACUUUUGCAAUAAGAACUAAAAACAGCAGAACACGACCGACAGCCCCCGAACAUAUAUGAUAAACCCCACUGGGCGCGGGCCGGCAGCCAUUGAUUAUUAUCGCUACUAUUACGCUGAUGUUAAGUUGAAAACAAGAGGAAGCAAACUAUUUUAUGUAGCUUGAUUGAUUAUAUUACUUCGUAAGUGUAUAAUGCUAUCAAUGAUAAUAAAUAGACAGGUGCUUUAUUAUCAUUGUAACGCUAUUACGAUUAUUACAAAACAAUGAUCCAGUCGUAGGCAGGUUUUCUUAUUUUCAUGUGAUAGCCAAACUAAAAAAAUUGUUUUAAAAUUCUUGUGCGUAGAACAGAAUAACUAACUGAAACAAAGGACGAUGUUUUAUACGUUUUCGCCAGCAUUA